CUGUGCUUUAGUUUUGCUGCGUACGUUGCCGUUGAGCAGUUUGCUCAUUCCCGUUUGUUCUUUCAACUAGUGACGACCGCGUUGUUUUAUCCACUGCUUGUUCCUUGUAUCAAUAAAACAAAAUGGCUGACAAUGAUGAUCUUUUGGACUACGAGGAUGAGGAUCAGACCGAGCAAGUGACUGUCGAGCCGGCAGAACAGCCGAAAAAGGAUGUAAAAGGAACAUACGUCUCAAUUCACAGUUCCGGUUUCCGGGAUUUCCUCCUGAAGCCGGAAAUAUUGCGUGCUAUUGUUGAUUGUGGUUUCGAGCAUCCCUCCGAAGUUCAACACGAAUGCAUCCCACAGGCUGUAUUAGGUAUGGACAUUCUCUGCCAGGCGAAAUCUGGUAUGGGAAAGACAGCGGUUUUUGUGCUCGCCACACUGCAGCAGCUCGAACCAACUGAAAGUGUGCCCUACGUUUUGGUAAUGUGCCACACGCGCGAGUUGGCUUUCCAAAUCAGCAAGGAAUAUGAGCGGUUUUCUAAAUACAUGCCUAGCAUUAAGGUGGCAGUAUUUUUCGGAGGAUUACCUAUUCAGAAAGAUGAAGAAGUGCUAAAAUCAACUAACCCGCAUAUCAUCGUUGGAACGCCUGGUCGUGUUUUGGCGCUUAUCCGAAACAAGAAGCUGAAUCUCAAGCAUCUGAAGCACUUUAUCCUCGAUGAGUGCGAUAAAAUGCUAGAGCAACUAGAUAUGCGUCGGGAUGUACAGGAGAUUUUUAGAAACACUCCACACGGAAAACAAGUCAUGAUGUUCUCCGCCACACUCAGCAAGGAGAUACGUCCAGUGUGCAAGAAGUUCAUGCAAGAUCCUAUGGAAGUGUAUGUCGAUGAUGAAACUAAGCUGACACUUCACGGAUUGCAACAGCAUUAUGUCAAGCUAAAGGAGAAUGAGAAAAAUAAGAAACUUUUUGAACUGCUAGAUGUUCUCGAAUUCAAUCAGGUUGUCAUCUUUGUCAAGUCUGUUCAGCGCUGUAUGGCAUUGGCGCAACUGUUGACGGAACAAAACUUCCCCGCAAUCGGAAUUCACCGUGGUAUGGUCCAGGAGGAGCGUCUUUCCCGCUACCAGCAGUUCAAGGAUUUUCAGAAACGCAUUCUCGUAGCCACUAACCUGUUUGGACGCGGUAUGGAUAUCGAACGAGUGAACAUUGUUUUCAACUACGACAUGCCUGAGGAUUCCGAUACUUAUUUGCAUCGGGUGGCACGGGCAGGCCGUUUCGGUACCAAGGGUCUGGCAAUCACUUUCGUUUCCGACGAAACCGAUGCAAAAAUUUUGAACGAGGUGCAGGACCGAUUCGAUGUUAACAUCACUGAGCUACCGGACGAAAUUGAUCUCUCUUCGUAUAUCGAAGGACGAUAAAUGCCAUCAUCCCGAUUGCUGCAAUGGUAGCAUUUUUAGCUUGUAGAAUUCGAAUAUAAGAAAAUAUAUAAAAUAUAUAUAAGAAAAAAAUUUUUUUUCUUCUUUUCGUUUUGAGUGUAAACCUACUACGGAGGGUAGUAGAAAUUGGGAUUAUUAGCGAGUUGGUUUCCAUGAUCGAUCUCAAAAUAGUAGAAUAACUUAUAUACGAAUUCUACAGCGCUUGGGUUCACUAACACUCGAUUAUUUUAGAGUUUUCACUAAAGUAAAUAAACACAUGAAAUGGACCGUGUA